CUGUCAGGUUGGAGCUCCAGAAACAUAAGAGCUCCAUUACCUGCACUGAAUCGACAGCCUUUACCGGGGAAAGUAAGGGCGUGCUCCGAAGCCCAGUUCUGAACCCCAACGCGACGACUCAUUAGCAGGGACUGACUUGGCGGCUGCCCCGUGCAAAAGAAAGCUGCAGGUCGCGUGUGACACAAGCCACCCUCGUGAGGGCUUCGGAGCUCCACUGGCGCUGCCGACACCUUACUUCCUGGUUUGCAAACUCAGGACCAGACCCAUUUCGGCGGAGGGAUCCAGUUUUCUUCUUUAGCCUCCUCCCCUUUUUUUGCUUCUGCUUCUCUCUCUCUCUCUCUACCCCCCCUUCCCGGUUCUGCACGAAAAUAAUUUGACAGCGUUUUGCUGACACUGGGAUUUUGCAGCAGAGAUCAAGGGGGGGCAGAGCCCCCUUAGCGAGAGGCGUGCACAGAAUUUCAUGCACAAGGUCUCCAGAGCACACUAAGUGUAUUAUUAUGUUCACUCAAGCCUUUUUUAUGAAGAUACAAAACACCCCACUCCUCAAAGUGGAAUGACUGUCUCUAAAGAAUUUAUUUCUGUAGCGCAAGGGAACCAGCAGAAAAAUUAAGUAACUUCAUAACGUUCAAUUUUGCACGCUCAGUACAUCUCAGGGAUUACUGUUCUUGGCUUUAUUUUAAAUGGUUUUUGAUCAGAAGACUGGUGCUGAAAAUGGGGGAUCAGCAGAUGUACAAAGCAAACCAUGUCAUUAACAACACUGAAAGUUUGUAUUACCAGCACCUAAAUUCUCUUGCACCUUUAAACCACAGCUAUGGAGUGUCAGCCAUGGAUGCGUCUCAGGAUUCUCCCCUCUCCCCCUCAUUUCCCCAUGAUACAAGAGAAAACAUGGCUUUGAAUGUGGGGCCCAAAACACUCGGGUUGAUGGAUUCUCCAAGGCCAACGAGUUGGGCCCAUUUGGGUUCUGGCAACCACAUCCCAGUAAGGACCAAUCAGAAUGUGAUGUGGAGUUCAGCAGGGCAAGGGGAGCCCACUGAUGGGUACGACCAUCUGUGUUCUCAGGCCAAUGAGGCGAGGUCGCAGAAAAUCACCAGUGGAGUUUUGCAUAAAUUAGAUUCCUUCACCCAAGUCUUUGCCAACCAGAACCUGAGAAUCCAAGUCAACAAUGUGUCCCAAAUUGUACAGGCUGAGCCAUUGGGGAUGGAGAAUGCCAAUGACAGUGCACUUCGGCAGCUGUUGUCUCAGAAGCCUGCUGCUGAGCAACAGCCUGUGCAGAGAUAUCAGCAGGUGCCACAGCAAGUCCACCCAGGUUUUGCAAGUACACAGCAGAAGCAGCAUAUGCACCUCAUGCAGCAGCAACAACCACUGUAUUAUGACAACCAGCAACACUUAGCUCACAUGCCAGUGCACCCUGCAGUGCACCAAGGACAGGCCCAUUUGCCGCAGCUGCACUCUCAGCAGCUGCUACCACCGCAGCAGCUACAGCAGGAUCAAUACUAUCUGCAGCAACAGCCCCACCAAGGGCAGCACAGGCUUCUAAUACAUGAGAUGCAGCAGCAACAACAACAGCGACAGUGCCCAGUGCAAACGGCUCAGUAUUUUCCAAUACAGUCUAUGAUGCAACAGUUACAGCAUCAACAACAGCAGCAGAUGCAAAUGCAACUUCCUCCCUAUCACAGAGAUCCUGAACCAAAGACUCUGCACGAGGCUCACCAGUACUCUCAAGACCGGGGUUCUUCUGUGCAGCUUAUACAGCUGGGAACUGUACCUCAGUACUUCUAUCAAGAUCAGCAACAGCCAUUCAGACACUUGUAUCCACAAAGUUUAUUGCAGCAGCAGCAGACUACAGAAGACACAAGCCAGCAGAAUCAUUACCAGAAUGAAAACAAGUCUCAGGCCUUGGUGGAGUCACAUCUUGGGCUUCCCAGGGCAGAGAGGACAGAGAGUCCAGCAGACCAGGACGUGAAUUCUAUUGGUGUCUCUCAACAAUCUCUCAUACCUCCAGUGAGCACCCACAUGAAUAGCAAAAGAGCCCAGCAGUUGUCUCCCAAUGCAGCAUGGACUCAGCAGAUCCAGCUAUCUGAGAGCACACUUGAAUCAGUGUCACCUGAACAAAGUAACACUGGCCACAAUCAAGAAACAUAUGCAGAGAAAUCUGAAACAAAGAGUAAACUAAUGUGCACUGUGUGCUUGAAGGAGUUUAAGAGUUUACCAGCCCUAAAUGGCCACAUGAGGUCUCAUGGAGGGGUACGGGCAUCUCCCAUCUUCAAACAGGAGGAAGGAGAGAACCCAUCAGAGCAGCCGCCGCCGCAGCCGCCCUCCGAGGUGGAUAGCCUUGUACCCAUCGUCAUGCCUGUUUCUGUCCCAGUAAAGCUCCUGUCUCCUGAUCCCAGCUGGCAGGCCACUGACAGCAGUGCCACAGUCAAAGAUAAGCCUGUCUCAGAUGAUGAGAUGCCUGUUCUUGUGAGGAUGACUUACUCGCCACCACGUUCCCCUAAAGCAGCCAGCCCAUGCCCGUCUUCUGAUCCCAGUAGGAAAAAUCACCAAAACAUUACCAACUCUGAAGAGACCUUCAAACCUUCACAAGACAAGAGAAAAUACCGCCAUAGACCUGAGCCACUCUUCAUCCCACCUCCUUCCUUCAACUUCAGUGUCAUGCAUUCAGGCGCUACCCUGUAUCAAAGCCAGCUUCGCUCUCCUCGCAUCCUGGGUGACCAUCUUGAUAGGACUCAUGAACUCCUGCCUUACACCCCCCCUCCUAUGCUCAGCCCAGUACGUCAAGGAUCUGGUCUCUUCAGCAGUGUUAUCACCUCCUCUCAUGGGGCAUCCCACCCCCAGCUACCACUCACUCCUCUGACACCCACUCCCCGUGUACUUCUCUGCCGAUCUAAUAGUGUUGAUGGAAGCAAUGUCCCUGUGACACCAGGGCCUGGAGAACAGACCAUUGAUGUAGAACCCCGUAUCAACAUUGGAUCAAGAUUCCAGGCUGAUAUCCCUGAACUUAAAGACAUAACUUCAGUGGGGAAGGAGGAUCACAAAGCAACUUUAGUGUGGAAACCAUGGCCAGAACUGGAACAUGACGCUUUCCAACAAAGGGUGAAUGAACUCUUAAAUAUGUGUUGUUCAAGUGUGUUACCUGGUGGAGGAACCAACAUGGAAUAUGGUUUACAUUCUCUUUUUGAGGCUAAAGGAGACAUUAUGGUUACCCUGGAGAUGCUUUUGUUGCUGAAACCAGUGAGAGCAAAAUCUCAUCCCCUGGCAAACUAUCACUAUGCUGGUUCUGACAAGUGGACCCCCCUUGAAAGAAAAAUGUUUAAUAAAGCCCUGUCCAUGUUCAGCAAGGACUUCAUUUUGGUACAGAAAAUGGUGAAGUCUAAGACUGUGGCACAAUGUGUGGAGUACUAUUAUACUUGGAAGAAAAUAAUGCAUUUGGGAAGGAAGCACAGAACACGCCAAGUGGAAAUAAAAGAGGAAUGCCUGACGAGUGGAGAAGAAGAGGACUUAGAAGAUGAAGAGCAAGUGGAGGAAGACAGAAAAUCUAUUAAAGAAGAGGAAAUCGAAAAUCAGAAUUCUCCUGACCCACCACCUAUUGCUCUUGGUGCACCCAUUAACCUGCCAUCCCUGCAGAGCCUCACAAUUCCUGUGGUUUCUUUUACCUGUGAAAUGCCAGACUGCGGAGCUAUGUUCAGCUCUAGACAAGCCCUGAAUGGCCAUGCUCGCAUUCACGGUGGUACAAACCCUGUGGUGAAAACUCGCUGUGGAGGUCCUGGCACAAGGCAGAAACCAAAUUCCCAGAAUGAGUACUGCUCUGUCAAAAACUCUCCAGCUCACAGCACAACAAGUGGCGAGACAGAUCCUCCUACAGUUUUCCCUUGUAAAGAAUGUGGAAAGAUGUUUUUCAAAAUCAAAAGUCGCAAUGCCCACAUGAAAACACACCGUCAACAGGAAGAACAACAAAGACAGAAAGCUCAGAAGGCUGCCGUUGCAGCUGAAAUGGCAGCUACUAUUGCAAGGACUACAGGGUCAGCUGAGCGCGCCUUGAUUCCAGUGGAUCACUUGGACUUGAUAAAGCAAGUUGAACAGGUGGAUGAGCUUGACAGUGAUGUUGUUCAGGAACUGGGAGAGGUAAUUGACAGUACUGAAGGGAUAGAUCCUGAUCUCUUACUAGAUGAAGAAGACCCUGAAUUACUUCAAGAUGAUGUUGAGCUGUAGAAGAAAUGAGCUGGUCUGUAAAAGUACAGAUGCUCAUUGAAGUUAGUUCCUCCAUCAGGAGGACUAAGUAUUGACUUCUCUCUUAUUUUAAACUAUUUGAAUAGUUGAGUGCUUUUUUUUAUCCAGGAACGGAACACGUUUGAGUGGUGUUCUUAUUUGGGUGGGGAUAGAAUUUGGUUCAGCUUUGGAAGAUGGAAAAUAAUUCAUUUUGUUCUCCUUUUCAGCAGUGUUUAGUCCUAAUACCUUGAUAACCAAAAGUACAAAAAAUGUUUAUGUUCCUGUCCUGUCUCCUUUCUGACUUUUUUCCCAUGAAAAGCUCCAAAUUGCUUUUAACUCUUCAGCUUUUCUCUUGUUCUCCUGUGCACCAUGUCCCACAGGAUACCUAAGGAGAAAUUUUAAAUUGUGUUUCAUGUUGUGCCUUUUUUUCUGAUCCAAAAACAUCUACAACAAUUCAUAUGUCAAGUGACAAAUAAUGGACCUUUAACCACUUUUGCCAUAACUACAAAACUGACACGGAAUUGACUUGGUGGCAUCUUGAUAAAACAUUGCACAGAACUGAUGUAACUCCAAUUGCCUUUCUGGCUAAAGAAGCUGUCUGGGGCAGUUGAGGCUGAUAUUACCCCUAGCACAGAAAACUGUGUGCCAAAUGAAUGUUUUCAAGGCAUCGUCAUAUUUGCUGUAACCAGGUGUAGGAUUUGAUUCUAAAUUUCCUCCUGGAGAUCUGGACUGACUUAGUGGGCUAUUACACUUGCUAUGCUUGGAUGUGAAAGAGAAGUGAUCAUCAAUGGGAGGAGGGGAACAUGAAAACAGCUAGAUUAAUCUAAUGUUUUACUAAAUUUUAAUACUUUAUGUGGCAGCUUGUUUGCAAAGGUUUCUUUUUAUAUUAUGCAUUUCAGAACUUUACUUUUAAUAGGGUUCAGAAGGGACAGUGUAGAUUAAUUCUGAGUCUGAAGAAAAAUGGCUGUUUGACCUUCACUUUAGAGGAACUGCUGGAAUAAAUCUUACACAAAAACAUACUGAGGAAUACUGGAUAAGAUGUAUGUUAGUGAUUUAGAAUGCACUAAAAUACCAUUCAUAAACUGCAUUGUUAGAAAAGUUGCCCUUCAGCAUUGAGGGAAAGAUACUUUUAUGCUGACAGCAAUGCAGAAGUGUUCUCCCAAGGACAGUGCAUGUCUUCUCACAGAGAAAAGGAAGGUGGGAGGAGGAUGUCUACCAUUAGGUAAAACAAUAACCAAUGGGAUUUUGUGCUACAUUUCUCAGUUUGUACUUUGCAGUACACAGAAACUGGUAAGUGUCUGAUUAGAAAAGUGUCAAAGUACUUUGUUAUAGCAGCUUCUUCAUGUGUGGAGGUGGGGGGGGUGCUGCAGUGUGCUCUUUUAUGUAAAUUAGGACACAUACUAUAUACAAAACAGAGUGACUUCUGUACCCGCAGAGUUCUACUUGAGCAUUGGAAAGUUUCAGAUCAUGGCCAAAGAACUCUAAAAGCUGCCAUUUAUAAAAGUGUGCAUGUGUUUUAAGUGGUUUGUAAGGUUAAGUUUGAUUAUACUAACAGCAAGUUUUUCUUCCUAAAGAUACUAUAUAUUGGGCCCAUAGACCUGAUCUUGGGAAGCUGGAAACACAAUUGAAUUUGAGAAACUGUAGGGAGUCAGGGGGAGGAGUCUUUCAUAUCUCCUUAUGUGACCUUCUCUAAAUAGAAUGCAACAUAACAAAUGUUCAUCAUGUUUCAUAUCCAGUAAUAAUGCUGAAAUUCAGUUUUCUGAAAUUUUUUCACUAUUUGCUAUUUCUUCAUUUUUAUUGCUAUUUCUAACAGUUUGUAAGUUUGCAAAUUAAGUCAAAAAUUAUUGUGAUUUUGAUCCUUUACUUCCCUGGUUCUGCCCUAUGUUGUUAAAUGAUGUUAAAGAAUCACAAACUGAGAUCUAGGACAUUUUCAUGAAAGAUAAACAUUUUGCACCCACCAUAUCCCAAAUGAAUGAAGGGAAAAUAAAAGUUCCCUUUCUUCCUG